AAAACAAACACAAGUGUGUGACUUGUUUUGCAGCUCUUAUUUAAUCUGCAGCAAAACCGACUUGGUUUGCUUGAUAAUGGGAAGUACCGGAGAGUAUGAGAGCCAGCGCCGGGUACCGGUUCCUCCUUCGAAACCAUUUCUCAAGUCUUUACAAGCAAGACUCAAGGAGACUUUCUUUCCUGAUGACCCUUUUAGGCAGUUCAAGAAUCAGCCUAUUUCCAACAAGUUCUUGCUCGGAUUACAAUAUUUUGUACCAAUUAUUGAAUGGGCUCCUCGUUACACUUUCGACUUCUUUAAGGCUGAUUUGAUUGCCGGUAUCACCGUUGCCAGCCUUGCCGUUCCUCAAGGGAUAAGCUAUGCAAGUUUGGCUAGCAUUCCACCAAUUCUUGGACUUUAUUCAAGCUUUGUUCCGCCGCUGCUAUAUGCCAUGUUGGGGAGCUCCAGAGAUUUGGCAGUGGGGACUGUAGCUGUCGCAUCACUUCUAAUAUCUUCAAUGCUUGGCAAGGAGGUUAGCCCUACUGAGAACCCCAAGCAAUAUGUUCAGUUAGUCUUCACGGCUACUUUCUUUGCUGGAGUGUUCCAAGCUUCCCUUGGCAUCUUAAGACUUGGAUUUAUCGUGGAUUUUCUGUCACAUGCAACCAUAGUGGGAUUUAUGGGUGGAGCAGCCACGAUUGUGUGUUUUCAACAAUUGAAAGGGAUUCUUGGUUUAGUUCAUUUUACUCAUGAGACUGAUCUUGUAUCUGUUAUGCGCUCAGUUUUCAGCCAAAUUCAUCAGUGGAGAUGGGAGAGUGCUGUUCUGGGAUGUUGUUUUCUUUUCUUCCUUCUCCUCACAAGAUACUUUAGCAAGAGAAAGGCGGCUUUCUUCUGGAUAAACGCCAUGGCACCGCUCACCACAGUUAUUUUGGGAAGCCUUCUCGUUUAUCUGACGCAUGCAGAAAAACAUGGCGUUCAAGUGAUUGGGCACUUGAAGAAAGGGUUGAAUCCACCGUCUGCAUCAGACCUGGUGUUUGGGUCGCCCCACUUGAUGGCGGCUAUAAAAACCGGGAUCGUCAUUGGCAUCAUUGGCCUUGCUGAAGGAAUUGCAGUCGGAAGAACCUUUGCCAUGUUCAAGAACUAUCACAUUGAUGGGAACAAAGAAAUGAUCGCCUUCGGGAUGAUGAACAUUGCUGGCUCAUGCACCUCCUGUUACUUAACUGCAGGACCAUUUUCAAGAACUGCAGUGAACUUUAAUGCUGGAAGCAGAAGUGCAGUCUCCAACAUUGUAAUGGCAACAGCAGUGAUGUUUACGUUGUUAUUUCUAACACCAUUGUUCCAUUACACUCCUCUUGUGGUACUUUCCUCUAUAAUUAUAGCAGCCAUGCUUGGCCUGCUUGACUAUGAAGCUGCAAUCCACCUUUGGAAAAUUGACAAAUUCGACUUCUUCAUCUGCUUGGGGGCAUAUCUCGGUGUUGUCCUCGGAAGCGUUGAGAUUGGUCUAAUCAUUUCGAUCACUGUUUCAUUGCUAAGGAUUAUUCUCUUUGUGGCGAGGCCCAGAACGAUGGUUUUAGGCAAUAUUCCGAACUCUGGGAUCUAUAGAAGUAUGGACCAAUACCAAAUCGCGAACAGUGUUCCAGGGAUUCUCAUACUGCAAAUAGACGCCCCUGUUUUCUUUGCCAAUGCAAGCUAUCUAAGAGAAAGGAUCUCGAGAUGGAUUUAUGAAGAGGAAGACAGGUUAAAAUCUGCAGGAGAAGCAAGCUUACACUAUGUCAUAUUAGAUUUUUGUGCGGUAGGUAGCAUUGAUACUAGUGGAAUUAGCAUGCUCGAAGAACUCAUGAAGAAUGUCCAUAGAAAAGGUCUACAGCUUGUGUUGGCUAACCCGCAAAGCGAGGUGAUGAAGAAGCUAGACAAGUCAAAACUCAUUCACAAGAUCGGGCAAGGAUGGAUCUUCUUGACAGUAGGAGAGGCUGUUUCAGCAUGUAAUUUCAUGCUGCACACAUGCAAGUCAAUUCAUGUAGCAGUUGACCAGAAUGCUGAAGAGAAUAAAGUCUAAGAUUUGUAGUAAUAUAUAUGCAAGUCAAAUCUAUUAGACGAGUAAAUUUAUUGAUGCUAAGAAAGGUGCUUUGCGGUUUUCAUCCAACUGUUCUGGUUGAAGAAGAAGAGGAAAUGAGAAGAAACUUUUGAGGAAGUGAUUCAGGGUAUAAUCUUCGUAAUAUUACACAUGAAUUAUGUAUGUAGUUCUCACCAUAUUGAAGAUCCUGCUGGGAUCCUUCUAUGCUUAACUAGUGUUUAUCACGCAAUCAAAGCAAUAACACUUAAGCAGUUUAAUACAA